AUGAACGAAUCCAUAGAUGCGUUUGAUUUCAAGGAUUGUUUUGGUUUAUUACUCAACAUAACUCUCGACAGACCGUUCCUCGAUCGUUUACCAUUGGUAAGUUCAUGGACGAAACCUGGACGACACUGGUUGGCGAUAAAAAGCGUCGAUGGUGAACACUAUUAUAAUCUCGAUUCGAAAUUAUCCCAGCCAAGAUUAAUUGGUGGGCAAACUGAUUUGAAAGACUAUUUGAACAAAUUAGAUCGAGCUCAAACGUAUAUGUAUAUGGUUAUCGACGAAACUAUGACAGAGAAAUUUCCAUCAGACUAA